AGCUGAUCUGUAAUCGAAGCAAUCGAAAUCGUUUGUGACACUGGCUGUGGCACCGACACUUCCAAUUUAAUUAGAAUUUUAACUUUGUUAUUUGGAUAGAAAGCGCAUAAAAUGCUCUCGAAUUGUGCCGCAAAGACGCUGGCCGCUGUCCGCGGUAGCCUGCGCACCAUUGCCACUAGCAGUGCACAGCGCAGCGACAAUCUGUUCGUGCAUCGCGACACACCCGAGGAUAAUCCCAACAUACCCUUCGAGUUCAGCGCAGAGAACAAGAAACGUGUAGAAGCCAUACUAAGCAUCUAUCCAGAGGGUCACAAACGUGGAGCUAUGAUACCGCUGCUCGAUCUGGCACAGCGUCAAUAUGGCUGGCUGCCCAUUUCAGCUAUGCACAAGGUGGCCGAAAUACUGUCGCUUCCCAAUAUGCGCGUCUACGAGGUGGCCACAUUCUACACAAUGUUCAUGCGCAAGCCAACAGGCAAAUAUCAUAUUCAGGUGUGCACAACCACACCCUGCUGGCUGCGCGGCUCCGACGAAAUUCUGGAGACGUGCAAGAAGCAGUUGGGCAUCGGCGUCGGCGAUACCACAAAGGACAACAAGUUCACCAUCUCUGAGGUUGAGUGCUUGGGCGCCUGUGUCAAUGCGCCAAUGGUGUCCAUCAACGAUGAUUACUAUGAGGAUCUGACUGGCCAGGAUAUGCAGGCCAUUUUGAACGAUCUUAAAAAUGAUAAGAUCUCGCCGCCAGGACCACGCAACGGACGUUUCGCAAGCGAACCUAAAGGCGCUCCGACUUCGCUAAGCGAGGAGCCAAAGGGCCCAGGCUUUGGUAUACAGGCGGGCCUCUAAGCCCCAUCGAUACCUAUCUAGCUUAACUUCAACUGUUUAACAUACAAUUUAACUCUUUUUUUGUGCGACACAGCAACAUCCAAACAAAAAAAAAAAACAGAAAAUAUAAAUACAAUUACAGAUUGUCAAAUGGCAGUUAAAUGCAAUAAACCCAAAGCAAAUGGA